UAUUUCUUCUUUUGGUAAAUAUUAGUCACAGGCAAAGUAGAGCUGAUAAAAGAGCAGUUGCAUUCAGUACCAGCAGCCACAUCAGCAUCUGACCAUUUCAGGGCAAGUCCAUUCAGCAACAUGCUCCGACUAGCAAUGGGCAAUGACAAGUGGAGUGUUGAGUUUGAUAAUGAAAUAGAAGAACUGGAUACUACUGACCUGUGGACACUGAAUGUGAUUGAAAAUAGUUUGCCAAAUGGUGGACUAAAGUAUGAGAGAACCACAUUUGGCAGCUUUGUGUGCUCAAACUGUAGAUAUCAUUGGAGUUCGGUCGUUACCCACCUCAGGUUCUUUAUAAAACUGGACCGAGCACGUAAACGUGGCAUUGUGAACAUGAGGAUUUCUAGGCAGUCGUGUAAGAAAUGCAAUCUUGCUACAAUGGAAAAACCUCACAUUUCAGAUGCGAAUUUGAAGAUAAUGAUAAAGAAUUUGGUCUUGAAGAUUAACCGCACAUUCUAUGAGCCAAAAGACUAUGGGCGACGUUCAAGGCCAAUUAACUAUUAUAGCGACCAAAAUGGCCCUCAUGACAAAGAUCACUGUGAGAUUUGCCAGGAAGAUGCUCAUCAGGAGAAGAAAGAUGAACAAGGAUCAUUUUAUCUGAGGGAGGAUUGGGAACAAGGUACCUCACUUCAUGAGAAGAAGACAAGUGAGCAAGGUGGCUCAACAGCUCUAGCUGUAGGUGUCACUGCAGGUGUCGCUGCAGGGCUUGGGGCUUUAGCAUUAGCUUGUAUGGCUUUUGCCAAUCAUAAAGACUCCUCUAAAAAGUGAUUUCAUCCAUUUGCAUCGUCUGAGUUUAACAAUUUUCUUAGCAUUAGCCUUUCACUUCAUUCUACCCUUUACUAUAACUUUAGUGAUUUAUAUAGAUCAUUGUUAUUAUUGCAUCUAACAGUCUGCAUACAAUAUAUUCAUUAUACAGUAUGUCUAACAAACACAGAUUUCAAGGAAGACAUCACCUAUACAAUAUACUAUGGUCAGAAUAAACUGUUUGCUUUUGUCUA